AUGAACAGGGCAAUCGGCGUCCGUAAAUUCAUCAGCUCCGGCAAGUUCACCGUCGGCGACUCGGACUGGGCGAUCAGGGCAUGGUUCGGGGUGCGGCUGCUCGGCAAGACGCAGAAGACGACAUGGAGGAUCGCGACGACGCGCAUGUUCCGCGCGAGGGGCGGCGCCGACAGGAGGUCGCUCGUGUCAGGCUGGGACAGGUUCCUGGAGAGGACGGUGCUGGACGACGCCAGCCAUGAUCUCCUGUGGAACAACCGGCUCUCGAUCGAAUGCUGCGUCUAUGUCCUUGGGAAGCCACUGGUUUCAUCGGCCAUACCCAUGUCGCCGCCGCCGUCGUCGUCGUCGUUGUCGUCUGCUGCUCUGACCAACUCAUCUUCUUCAGAUGAGCUGUCGAGAGAUUUUGGGAAGCCGCUCGAGUCCAAGGACAGAGCGGACGUCGUCUUCCUCGUCAAGGGGGAGGAGUUCGCCGCGCACAAGGCGGUGCUCGCCGUGCGGUGGCCGCUCAUCAUCAAUGGCGGCGGCGGCGGCGGCGUUGGAUCCAACGACAAGAACGAGAUGCUGCGCCACGUGCUCGCCGCUGCUGACCGCUAUGGCAUGGAGAAGCUCAAGGACAUCUGUGAGAUGGAGCUGUGCAGGACGGUCAGUGCUGAGACACUGAGUGCUACAUUCACUUUGGCUGAUCAGCAUCACUGCAACAAGCUGAAAGAACACUGCUUCCGUUUCAUGUCAGCAAUGGGGGACGAGGUGAUGGCUACUUCAGAGUAUAAUCAGCUCAAAAGAAGCUCUCCCGCUCUGUUGGUAGAGCUUCUGGAGAGUGCCCAUAAGUUCCCAAAAUAUAUAUAG